AUGCCGGGCGACAACGAGACCUUCUAUCUGCGAUACUACUCGGGACACUCUGGGCGGUUCGGACAUGAGUUUCUAGAAUUCGACUUCAAGUCUCUUGGAGACGGCCGCAGUGCCUCCGCGCGCUAUGCGAACAACUCGAACUACCGCAAUGAUUCCCUCAUCCGCAAAGAAAUGUGCGUCAGCUCGCUGCUGAUACAGGAGAUUAAACGGAUCAUCAAAGAGAGCGAGAUUCUCAAGGAAGACGACUCGAAAUGGCCGCAGAAAAACAAAGAUGGACGACAGGAGCUCGAGAUUCGACUUGGGAAUGAACACAUAUCAUUCGAGACAGCAAAGAUAGGCUCGCUUGUCGAUGUCACCGAGUCGGCGGAUCCUGAGGGCCUGCGAGUCUUCUACUAUCUCGUACAGGACCUCAAGGCACUCGUCUUUUCACUAAUAUCCCUCCACUUCAAGAUUAAACCCAUUUAA